AUGACUCACGAUCCGCUCUCCUACGCGCUGCGCAAUGUGCCGCGCUACACAAGUUACCCGACAGCACCGCAUUUCCACGAUGGUGUCACGGCUGAAACCUAUGCAGACUGGCUCGGCGCGAUUUCCCGGGACGACAGCCUCUCGCUUUACCUGCAUGUGCCAUAUUGCCGGGAACUUUGCCAUUAUUGCGGCUGUCACACCAAGGCAACCCGUCAGGAUGCGCCACUAAAGACCUAUGCGGCGACUCUCGGGCAGGAAAUCGGACUGAUAAGCGAACACUUGAAAGAAGCUGGUCCGGUACGGCACAUCCAUUGGGGUGGCGGCACGCCAAGCCUGUUGCCGCGUCAAAGUCUCAUCGAUCUGACGGAUCUGUUGCGGGACCGGUUCGAUCUGUCGCCCGACCUGGAACACGCGAUCGAACUUGAUCCGAGACUGGUGACGGAAGACCUGGCUGAGACACUUGCACAGGUGGGUAUCAAUCGUUCCAGCCUGGGUGUGCAGGACUUCGACCCAGACGUGCAAAAGGCCAUAGGCCGGGUUCAGCCAUAUGAAAUCGUGGCAAAGGCAACAAGGUUCCUUCGGUCAGCGGGUUUAAAUGCACUCAAUUUCGACCUGAUGUAUGGCCUGCCCGGUCAGUCGCGUGACACCAUUCUCGACACGGUCGACAAGACGCUCUCGCUGGCACCGGGACGGAUCGCGCUUUUUGGGUAUGCACAUGUCCCCUGGAUGCGGAAGCAUCAACGACUGAUAGACGAGACCGCCCUGCCUUCUGCCGCCCAGCGCCUUGAACUUGCGGAUCAGGCAAGGGCCGAGCUACUGAAUGCAGGGUAUGUCGCAAUCGGUCUCGACCAUUUCGCGCGCGCCGACGACAGCAUGGCGAUUGCGCUCGCCGAUGGCUCGUUGAAGCGCAACUUCCAGGGGUACACGACUGACCAGGGUGAACAGCUUGUCGGCUUCGGUGUGUCAUCUAUCGGGAAAAUGUCCAGGGGCUUCAUCCAGAACAUGCCGGACGUCGGCAACUGGCGCCGUAGCAUACUGGCAGGCGAGUUGCCCGUUUCCAAGGGCCUCGCCCUUUCGGCAGACGACAGGAUGCGCGGCCGGAUCAUUGAAGAGCUUAUGACCAACUAUGCCUGUGAUCUCGCACCGGUCUGCGAGAGAUACGGUCUGUCACUGCGGGAUCUAGAGACCGCACUGGACACCUUGCAGGACCUGAUCACGGAUGGAAUGGUCGCGCUGGACUUCGGCGCAAAUGACAAUGUGAGGGUAAGCGUCACAGAGACCGGCCGACCGUAUGUGCGCCUUGCAGCUGCAGCAUUUGAUGCCUAUCUGGCCGAAAGCCAGGCGACCGGCAAGGCAAGACACUCGGCCGCCGUAUAG